UCGUCUUCAUCUUCUUCUACUUGUUUCCGCACUGCUCGCCUGAGAGAGAGAGAGAAAUUUAAAAAGCUCUCUUUUUCUUCUCGUUUUUCUCUCCCAGAUUUUGAAAGAAAAUGGCCGACGAACCUGCAAUUACUCGCUGGUCCUUUAUGGAUUUUAAACUGUUUUAUGAUGCCAAGUUUGGUAGAAAGAGAGUGCCGGAGUCGGAAAGCGGCCAAGCAGCUGAUAAACCAGUGAGUAAUGGGAGUUCUUCGGCCGUGACGUCGAAUGGGAGCGCGCAUGUGAAGAACACAUCUGACAUGGCCAUCUAUGAACAAUUCCAGAACCAGGGGCGGAACUCGACACACACAAAUGGAGUUUUGUCUAACGGAACUGAUGAGAGACCGCAGAAGUCUCUGCUUCCUCCUUUUGAGUCUGCAGAAAUGCGUACAUUAGCAGAAAGUUUAAGUAGAGAUAUCAUCCGUGGGAGUCCUGAUGUUAAGUGGGAAAGCAUCAAGGGGUUAGAGAAUGCCAAACGAUUACUUAAGGAGGCAGUUGUCAUGCCAAUAAAAUAUCCCAAGUACUUUACUGGUCUUUUAACACCAUGGAAAGGCAUUCUUCUUUUUGGCCCUCCAGGGACAGGAAAGACGAUGCUUGCCAAGGCUGUUGCAACAGAGUGCAACACCACAUUUUUCAAUAUUUCAGCAUCUUCCGUUGUCAGCAAAUGGCGUGGUGACUCAGAGAAGCUAAUUAAGGUGUUAUUUGAGCUUGCUAGGCACCAUGCACCAGCAACUAUAUUUCUUGAUGAAAUUGAUGCUAUUAUUAGUCAACGUGGUGAAGGACGUAGCGAGCAUGAAGCAAGUAGGCGUUUGAAAACUGAGCUUCUCAUACAGAUGGAUGGUUUAACGCGGACAGAUGAACUUGUUUUUGUUUUGGCGGCAACAAAUCUCCCCUGGGAACUGGAUGCAGCUAUGCUUCGGCGUCUUGAGAAGCGAAUCCUAGUGCCUCUUCCGGAGCCAGAAGCGAGAAGAGGCAUGUUUGAGGAACUCAUGCCAUCACAGCCCGAUGAGGAGAAGCUUGUUUAUGAUUUGUUGGUGGAAAGGACGGAAGGCUUCUCAGGUUCAGAUAUUCGGUUACUGUGCAAAGAGGCUGCCAUGCAGCCCCUUAGACGCGUAAUGGCAAUCCUUGAAGAGAGCAAGGAAGUGGUGCCUGAGGAUGAGUUGCCUACGGUUGGGCCAAUCAAACAGGAGGACAUAGAGACAGCUUUGAAGAACACCAGGCCAUCGGCUCAUCUCCAUGCUCACCGUUACGAUAAGUUUAAUGAAGAUUAUGGUAGUCAAAUUCUCCAAUGAAGGCACCCACGGACUUUCAAUUGUGGAAAAGUUUCAUUGCCCCAGAUUGUUGCCAUUUCUUUGACCACCAGGAUAUUUGAAGCAGUGUGUUUAUAGAGACCAGAACCCAGCCGUUUGAAGCUUUUAACUUUGCAAAUAGCUCGAUUCUUUGAUGUUGCUUACACGAUAAUUUUAUGUCAUGUCGUGAGCAGGAUUUAGAAAAUAAUGGUCUACUUUUUCAUCUUCUUCUC